AAGCGAGGCGCCGAGGCGGGGCCCACCCUCCCCUGCCUUGGUUAGCCAGUGCCCCGAGCCCCCAGCGUCGCCCAGACUUUAGGCAGCCUCGGCCUAAAACCGCAGAGGCGCUGAUGACCAACUCUUCUUACCUCUCCAGAUUCCCGGCGCCAUGUACACGGCCAUCCCCAAAAGCGGCUCCCUGUUCGAGCCGUCGGUGACGGAGCCCGGCCUGCACCUGUGGCGGGUAGAGAAACUGAAGCCGGUGCCCGUGCCGCCCCAGAACCACGGCGUCUUCUACACUGGUGACUCCUACCUGGUGCUGCACAACGGUCCUGAGGAGCUCUCCCACCUGCACCUCUGGAUUGGAGAACAGUCCUCGCGGGAUGAACAGGGCGCCUGCGCCAUGCUCUCUGUGCACCUAAACUCGCUGUUGGGGGAGCGGCCAAUUCAGCACCGAGAGGUGCAGGGCAAUGAAUCUGACCUCUUCAUGAGCUACUUCCCUCAUGGACUCAAGUACCAGGAGGGGGGCGUGGAGUCAGCUUUUCACCGGGCCUCGCCCAGCCCCGCUGCCGGUCCGGUCCGGAGGCUGUAUCAGGUGAAGGGGAAGAAGAACAUUCGGGCCACAGAGAGGGCGCUCAGCUGGGAGAGCUUCAAUACUGGCGACUGCUUCAUUCUGGACCUUGGCCAGACCAUCUACACGUGGUGUGGUGAGAAAUCCAACAUUCUGGAGCGCAACAAAGCCCGGGACCUGGCCACGGCCAUCCGGGACAGCGAGAGGCGGGGGAAGGCCCAGGUGGAGAUCAUCUCCGACGGGGAGGAGCCGGCGGAGAUGAUGCAGGUCCUGGGCCCCAAGCCGGCCCUGAGGGAGGGCAACCCCGAGGAGGAUCUCACGGCUGACCAGACCAACGCCCAGGCUGCUGCCCUGUAUAAGGUGUCGGAUGCCACUGGGAAGAUGGACCUGACCAAGGUGGCGGACAGCAGCCCCUUCGCCGCCCAGCUUCUGGUCCCCGACGACUGCUUCGUGCUGGACAACGGCGCCUGCGGCAAGAUCUACGUGUGGAAAGGGCACAAAGCCAACGAGCAGGAGCGGCAGGCCGCACUGCGGGUGGCUGAGGAUUUCAUCUCGCGCAUGCGCUAUGCCCCCAACACCCAGGUGGAGAUCCUGCCCCAGGGCCGGGAGAGCCCGAUCUUCAAGCAAUUCUUCAAGAACUGGAAAUAAGCCUGGGAACCACCAUCCCUGCAGCCCCCGCUCCACCCCCUGCCAUCAGCUCUGCUUGGGGCUGCUAACCCCAUGCCUCCACCGGUCCUCCGUGGCCCUGCCAUUGCAUUAAUAAAGGAGACAAA